UCCUUUCUUUUGAGCAAUAUCAGUUUACCGAUCACAGUUUUUCGCUUUUGUAUUUCUUCUGUUUCUCUCUCUCUCUCUCGCUCGCGGAUUCUUUUCCAAAUAUUUUUCCUUUGCUUGUUCUUCAGAUAUUCUGUGAACCCGGAAGUGCUAGCGAAACCGUCAAGACUUGUAAUCCUCCAUGGCUAAAAGCUCCUUCAAGCUGGAACACCCACUCGAAAGGAGGCAGGCAGAAGCUGCUCGGAUCAGGGAGAAGUAUCCUGACAGAAUUCCGGUUAUUGUGGAGAAGGCUGAAAGAAGUGACAUACCAGACAUUGAUAAGAAGAAAUAUUUGGUUCCUGCUGAUUUGACUGUUGGGCAGUUUGUUUAUGUGGUUCGUAAGAGGAUAAAACUCAGUGCUGAGAAGGCUAUUUUUAUAUUUGUCAAGAACAUUUUGCCACCCACUGCUGCCAUGAUGUCUGCAAUCUAUGAGGAAAACAAAGAUGAGGAUGGUUUCCUUUACAUGACCUACAGCGGCGAAAACACAUUUGGUUAAUCCCAGUGCAGUCAAGUUGAUAUGUAAAUAAGACGUUUAAGAAGUAUGAAAAAUUUGUAAAUUCUCAGAUUUCAACUUCUGCUAUUGCAGUCCCAAAUUUGAGGUUGCUCUUCCUAUAAUGCCUACUGUUAACAUUUGGAUCUAUGACCUUAUGCUGGAAAUAUUAUAUGGUUAAUCCUUUUAUGACUUCA